AUGAACUAUAACAAUAGCAGCAACUCUAAUACCAAGCGUUAAAAUAAGAAGAAUAAAGCUUUAAAGAAAUACAAUAUCUUAAAUUAGGAAGAUAAAUAACAGAUUUUAGAGAGUUUAUAAAAGGACUCUUCUUUAGAAAUGUAUUAAAUAUUAAGUGAGAAAUACAACACAUCUAUUAAAAACUUAAGAAGAUGGUAUUAAGACGGAAUUGCUCGUAAACCAGGAUGUGGUAGAAAGAAACUUAAUACUAAAGCAGAGGAGGAAUUAAGAUAAUGGAUUAUAAGAGAGAGUGUGGAAUUAAGAAGAAGGGUUAGAAGAUCUUAGUUAAAAUAGAAAGCUAUUGAAUUAUUUAAUAUUCCAAAUUUUAAAGCUAGUAAGGCAUGGUAGGAUGAAUUCAUUAGAAAUUUCGAUAUCAAAUAUUAGGUUAAUGAAAUAUUAUACAAUAAAGGAAUUUUAAAUUAAUUGUAAAAAGUAAAAUUUGAAGAGCAAAAAAGGAAAAGACAAUAAUAAGUUUAAUCAAUUGAUUAAAAAUCAGAAAAGUAGGAAUAACUUUAAUAAAUAUUUUCAUAAUAAGCUACAGAAAUACCACAAUCAAAACUUGAAAUACUCAACAUAUAACCAAAAGUUUCUGAUUUCAAAUUAGAAGAUUGGUCUUUUGAAAAAUAAGAAGAAAACAAAGAUUACUUAUCAGAAGUAUUUUCUCCUAAAUUAGAAUUUUUCAAUGAUGAGAAGUCAAUUUAAUAUUUUAUGAUUAUUAUCUUUUUUUAUAGAAAUGUUUAAAUUUCAAUCAAUAAAAUCAUUGCAAUUAAAACAAUUCUAGACAAAUAUUUUAUUUAAUAUUAUAUUAAUAUUUAAGUAUUAUUAUUAAAUAUAACAACCAAUUAAAUGGAGAAGGAUUGUAAAUAUAAUAAAAUAUUACAUAGUUUUUAAAUAAACAGCAUCCAACUUUUGUUAAAACCCUAAUAUAAAGAAUCCUGAUUAAUUUCCAUAAGUAAUGGAAUAAUUUGAUCGAGAGUAUUAUCUUUAAAUGAUUAUUAGAGUUUGUUAGAAUUUUGGUUAGGCUUAUCCAUAAUAAUCAACUUAUCAAUAAUAGUAAUUGAAUAUUCCGCAAUAAAAUACUUUGCUUGAUCAUUUUUCUCGUUAAACUCUAUUUGCAGAUUAAGGGUAGAGAUACAAUAUAAUAUAGAUAAUUGCUUUAAUAUUCAUAAACACUUGAGAAUGCAAAGAUUCAAUAAGAGAAUAAUAAACCAAUCUAACAAAAGCAUUUAUUAAUGGAUCAUAUGUUGGGGAAUUAAUUUGUUCCUAUUCCUAAUAAUUAUUUAGAUUUCAAUGUGAAUUCAAAUUAAUUAGGUUAAAUUAAUAAGUAGCCAACUUAUUUUAGAGAUCCACAUGAUGUUAGUGAAUUUUAAAAGAGAUAAAUUUAAUAUCUCUAAGCAUUAAAUGAUCCCUCUCCUCCUGAAUAAGUGAAAUUAUUUAAAUAAAAUAUACAAUAAUUAGGUGGUAUUGAAGAUACGAUUGGAAGUAUGAAUUUUAUCUUAUUUAGACAUGUAAUAAACAUUAAAUCAAUAUGAAAUUAAACAUUUAAACAAUAAGAACAUUAAAUAUUAUCCAUUAUCUUCACCUCCUUUGACUUAAGAAUAAAUAGAAUACUAGAAAUCAAUUUCAAGUAUUAAAUUUCUUUUAUUCAUUAGGUAAUCCUCAUCCAUUUUUAUACAAUCCAGCUGAUGAUAAAGAUAGAUUUGUUUAUGGACCAUUAAAACCAGCUUAAAAUAUCAUAGAAUAAUAAUAGACUCAUUAAUCUUAGUUUUAUUGUAUAAUUGAAAUUUUAACAUAGAAACUUUGCGUUAACAAUACAAUCAAGAAUAAAAUUAAAAUUAGAAUUAGAAUUAGAAUUAAGAAAGAACUUAAUAUUUUUAAUAACAAGAUUAAAGAUACUAAUAAUAGAAUCCUUAAUCACUUUAAUUUAAUUCAAUUGAACAAUCAAAAAGAAUGAGAAUGAUAAAACUGUAACAAUUGUAAUAAAAAAGAUGA